AUGCUCCGGGACAAGGCCCAAAUCCUCUUCAAGGGUCGAAGCCCACAAAAGGCCGCAUUCAACUAUUGGAACGCGUGGAAAGUUCUCAAGAACAAUCACAAGUUCAAGUCGAUGUACCUCGCCGGAGACGUGCACGCCUCCAAGAGGACAAAGACUACGGCAGAUGGCGGCUUUACAACCUUGGCGACGGGCGAAGAGAUCUCUUCUUCUUGGCCCAUUGGAAACAAGGCGGUGAAGGCGGCGGCGAAGGCUAAGCUCAUUCCGGAUGCGCUUCUAACUCAUUUAUCUUCUUCACCAUGUUCGAUAAUUUGCAGAGGAAGUCCGUUUCUCUUCAGGAGCAGAGGAUUGAGGCAUAAUACGAGGAAAAAGUUUCAAACUUGCGCGAUUGGCGGGCUCGAUCUAGCUGGGUUCGAGAGCGCUCAAUCAGUAAUUGAAGCAGCCGCCGUUUUGACUGCGAUCAUCGUAGUUCACGAGAGCGGCCAUUUCUUCGCGGCUUAUCUUCAGGGGAUUCAUGUGAGUAAAUUCUCUGUUGGAUUCGGUCCAAUUUUAGCUAGAUUCAAUUCGAAAAACGUUGAGUAUUCGAUUAGGGCUUUUCCCCUUGGUGGAUUUGUCGCGUUUCCUGAUAAUGAUCCCGAUAGCGAAAUCCCUAAUGAUGAUGUGAAUUUGCUGAAAAAUAGGCCGAUUUUCGAUAGGGUUGUUGUGAUUUCUGCUGGUGUGAUUGCCAACAUUGUGUUUGCUUAUGUUAUCAUCUUUGCACAAGUACUGUUUGUUGGAUUGCCUGUUCAAGAAUCGUUCCCCGGCGUGCUUGUGCCGGAGGUGAGGCCGUUUUCGGCUGCCUCAAGAGACGGUUUGUUGCCCGGUGAUGUCAUUUUAGGCGUAGACGACAUUGAGCUUUCACGAACUGGCCCUAGUUUGGUUUCUGAGGUCGUUGACGCGAUUAGGAAUAGCCCAAAAAGGAAGGUGGUGUUCAAAAUCGGGAGGGGAGGCGAGAAUGUGAAGAUCAACAUCACUCCGGAUGAGAAUGUGGAUGGUACCGGGAGGAUUGGAGUUCAGUUGUCGCCUAAUGUGAAGUUGACGAAGGUUAAGCCGAGGGAUCUGUUUGAGGUGUUCCGUUUCUCUGGCCGUGAGUUCUGGGGCCUGUCAUCGAAUGUUCUUGAUAGUUUGAAGCAGACGUUUAUGAAUUUCUCUCAGUCUGCGAGUAAGGUUUCUGGCCCCGUUGCUAUUAUAGCCGUUGGUGCAGAGGUUGCAAAGUCGAACGCUGAUGGACUUUUCCAGUUUGCUGCUAUUUUGAAUCUGAAUCUCGCUGUGAUAAACCUUCUGCCUCUGCCUGCUUUGGAUGGUGGCUCGUUGGCGUUCAUCCUCAUAGAGGCGGCCAGAGGCGGGAGGAAGCUCCCGUUUGAGUUGGAGCAGCGGAUCAUGUCGUCUGGGAUCAUGCUGGUUAUCAUCCUCGGGGUUUUCCUCCUUGUUCGUGAUACGUUAAACCUGGACAUCAUCAAGGAUUUGUUAUGAUGCUUGCUCAGAUUCGAUGAUUUGCAUCAUGCUUCGCUUUCUUGAUCGCGUUGCAGGCGUUUUGGUGUAUGGAGAUGCGAGGGGGUGGCAAAGGAUGCAUACACUGUUGUUUCGUCUAAGACCACACGAUAAGUCCCUUUUUCAUCUGGAUCUCAUUGAGCCCUAGCUAGUGUCUAUUAUUGAUUGUCUAGUGCUCAACACAUUGGGCUAAAUACUUAGAUUCUAUAUAAUGUUUAUAAAUUCGAGAAUCAAUUUACAGUUACAAGUUGGAGGUGAAUGCGUGAUAUACGUAUUUCUGGCUCGAUCAUUCUGAUAUGAUGAAUUCAUGAUCUUUGUAUAGUU